AACGUAAUGACGUCCUUUUGACAUUUGCUAGUUAUUUCUUCAAUAUGGUUUCUUCAAGAUUUCAAAUUGUUUGAUAGAAUUACUCCAAGAUACGUCAUAAUAGAAUAUACAGGAUAAACUAAAUGAUUAGUGACGUAUUAUUGGUUCACAUGCCUGAAUAUUAACAUCCUUCUUGUCUAAUGACAUACUGUAUUUGAUAACGCACAACUUACUGGCAGCGACAGAAGCUGUUGCUUAUAAAGUUUCACACGCGUGAGUGUGAUAGGUCUAAUGUUUUCAACAGCGGCCUAGCUAAGACGGCAAUCAUGAUCAAAAUCAUGACUUUGAAAACACUGGCAAUAUAUGUUGUGCUGUUAUCCACUAUCAAAUAUUCAAAUAGCAGACGUCAUUGGUUCUUCGGUAAAUCAAGUGUAGUCUGCUAUGAUGAUAUUGGCUGCUUCGAUAAAGGUUCCCCAUUUUACGACAUGCCAGAUAGACCAAUUAGUUACCUCCCGGACACUAGAGAUCAAGUAGGAACCAAAUUCCUUCUAAACACUCGACAGAACCCGACCCAUUACCAACAACUAAAAACUAACGAUCUGUCCACGAUUACCGGAUCGUUUUUCGACCCUUCUCUGGAGACGAAGAUUAUGACGCACGGGUUUAUGGAGUCGGGGAACGUUUGGUGGCUAGAGGACAUGAUGACAGAGUUCCUAAACAAUGGAAAUUUCAAUGUCAUCCGAGUCGGUUGGGGGCCGGGUGCGCGUGAAUUGUACGGCCAGUCUAGUGCCAACACUAGAAUUGUCGGAGCUGAGAUAUCAUAUCUGCUUGACAAAUUUAAGGAAUUAUAUGGCUACACAGCGGAUAAAGUACACGUGAUUGGUCAUAGUCUUGGAGCCCAUGUUGCCGGAUACGCUGGCGAGCGUCAACUUAACCCGAAACUAGGAAGGAUCACAGGAAUGGAUCCGGCAGGACCGUAUUUUGAAGGCAUGGAUAUUGUUGUGCGUCUAGAUCCAACGGAUGCAACUUUCGUGGACAUAAUUCACACUGACACGGAUCCGAUAUACACGUUUGGGUACGGGAUAUAUGUGCCUGUUGGACAUAUGGACUUUUACCCGAACGGCGGGUUCGAGCAAACCGGUUGUGACCAAGGUCUUGUUUCUGGUCUUAUUACAGAGGGCGGUAUAUACGACGCCGGUGUUCAAUACGUUGCGUGCAAUCACGUGCGUUCAUACGAGUACUUCACUGAAUCAAUCAACACAAAAUGUCCAUUCAGGGCGUAUGAAUGUACGUCAAAAGGGUACGGAAAGAGUGGCUACGAACACUUCUCACGCGGCGAGUGCUUCGACGGAAGCGACGGCGUCCGGCUUGGUUUGGACUCGAUUAAACAUAAGCCUGUCGGAAGUACAGCUAAUGUAAUUUACUAUUUGGAGACAGUCGGAAAAUCAUCAUACUGUGGCUACAAUUUCAAAUUUGAAGUAUUUGUGGAUGAUCCUGGCUGGAUAAAAAGCAGUACUGAAAAGGGGAGUUUAUAUGUAACACUCAUGGGAUACAAGGACCAGUCUCAAAGGAUUCUAUUGACCAAGAAAUCACAGGACCUGAAACCAGGGGAGUCUUACACCUUUGUAGCGGCAUCAGAUGUGGAUCCAGGUGCGUUAUCCGGUGUCUUAUUUGAGUGGGAGUACGAUCCAGAUUGGUAUAAGCCUUGGGAUUGGGAUGUGUGGACUAACCCAGAGAUUUAUGUUCACCAGAUUAUUAUCACUAAUGGAGAAGAUUCUAAAAGUGUUGUCAUGUGUGGUGCUAAGGAGGACAAGAUCAAAGCGAAUGAAGACGUUGUUGCCUUAUUCCCUGUCACAAACUGCGACAAUUUCAUAUAAUAUGUCCGAUGUAUUAGCUUCAAUUUUUAUUCAAAAUGAUUGUCAUUGGACUGGUGAACUGCGACUGACUCGGCAAAUGGACACCCCUUGAUGAAUCCAUAUCAUUACACAUCGAGUAUUUUUAAAUCUAAUUAAGUUUAGGCCUAUCAAACGAUUGAUUUGCUAACGUUGUGACAAAUUUCUCAGCAUUAAUUUGAAUAAACAUAUUCUACUUUUAUUUUUAAGUGUUUGUCAAUCUAUUAUGCAAUGAUAUUGUUUGUCGAUUAGAUAUCCACAUUAUUGAUAUAUAUAAGUACGUCUUUUCCCACAAGUACUAAGAUCAAUUAGAUUUUGUUUAAUGUCACAUAAAACAAGAAAAAGUGUAUUAACCGAUGAUGGUGACGUUUUACGUAGAAUAAUGACGAUUCAAUAAUGAUUAUCAAUGAUUAUGAUGAUAUUUAUUGUGAUGAGCAGGAUGAUGAUAAGAACGCAAUUCAACUUUUUACUCUUUCAUACUU